UGGGGACAAGUUCGAUUAUGCUGACUAUACUACAACCAGCAAUUCAAUCAAUAAACACCAUAAACCUUACAGAGUACAUCUCACAAAGCGAUCUUCAACUCAAUUCCACUUCCUCACAAAUUCCCAUUAAACUCAACUCUUCAAUGACUUUCCUCUUCCUCGGCCUCAUCACCCAAUCACAUCUUCCCCCUCGCUGACGUAUACCAGAGCGUUCCCCCGGUACAAUCACGUGACACCUCCCAAACCGAGCUUAGCUUAGCUUCCUCCAUCGGAACAGACCAGUCAACCCGGGUAGCAACGAGAAAUUUAUCAUCACCUUCAACCUCAUCAUCCAAACUCCACCACCGCCCACCGACGUCAAUUGACCCUUUCCUCCUCGAUACCCGGGAAAAGAGAAAGAGAAAACACAGCCAAAAUGUUCCGAUCAGCAGUCCUCCGAUCCGUCCGCGUCGCCGCCCGUCCCGCCAUGCGCUCAUUCGCCGUGGCGCCCCGCGUCGCUACCGCCGCCGUCCCCAAGAUCCAGAGCUUCCAGGCCGUGCGGUUCUACAGCGCUGGCGGUGCGCUUAACAAGGAGGAGGUCGAGGGCCGAAUUAUGAGCUUGUUGAAGGGUUUUGACAAGGUCAACGAUGUUUCCAACAUCGGUGCCACCGCUCACUUCGCCAACGACCUCGGUCUUGACUCUCUCGACACCGUUGAGGUCGUCAUGGCCAUUGAGGAGGAAUUCAGUAUUGAGAUCCCCGACAAGGACGCCGACUCCAUCCACUCCGUCCAACAGGCUGUCGAGUACAUCCUGAACCAGCCCGACGCCAACUAAACGUAUAUCUCCCAAACCACCACCCCUCUUUCUUGCUCCUCAUUGUACAAUUACCACUUUCAUGACCACCGAAAUCCUUACUCGGCAAGGAUUUAAAAGACGCCGAUAAAAAAAGCCAGCGGGGGAUUGUGAAGGGGGUGGUGGUGGAAGGAAAGAUAUAAAAAUGCAAUAUAACGCAUCAAGUUCUUUUUUAAUCUCGGCGCACCAUGAGACGGUUCAUUGUUUUCCAGAUGGUCGUGGAGGAGGAGCCACAGGAGGAGAGAUGAGGAGAUGUUUGAAUGAAAGACUUGGCGAUGAGUGAUCGGCUUGAAGUGUAUUCUUGACCUCCUCCUUUACUGCUCGUGGGAUGUGACGACUAGUUGAUUCCUGAUCUUCGUAUUGUGAAGCAGUGAAUUGGGAGAAUGGGGAUGCAUCAACUUCGCUGAGUUGAUGAAGAAGAGUAGAUAGUGGACUCUCUACUCUGGCUUUGUAUAGUGUAUAGAAACACCCAAUUUCUCUACCUACGUUCUGUGACUGCUCCCUGUAGAGGUCACAUAGCCAAUAUCCCCACCAUGGAGCAUGACUAGUACGCAGGCCUCAUUAUCACGUAGUCUAGACACAAAGAUCUGCCGAGAAUCAACAUUACAUCACCGCCAAUGGCUAGGUACCAAGUGAAUCCAGUGCCAACAGGCCUGGUGAACAUGUUAUGUUCAUUAUGCAUCCUCCCAUACAUGCAGCUAUUUUCAUACAUGAUUUGCCUCGAUAUAUCUAACGAGGUCUUGACCCCCAUUUGCAAUUGUUUUUGUAGAUCCGAACCUCCCCAAAACACCAUGCCCAAGAUGAAGAUACCAAGCAAACAGACCCAACUGUGCAUCUAGCAACUAUAAGUCAGCUUUGCUUGCCACCCUCAUCAAGCCUGAAAACUGAGUGGGCAAAAAUCAGAUUCCGUCCGCCUUCCGAAGCAGUUCAUGAUAUGAUAGCGAUUAUCAAGCAAUAUAUGAAAACAGAAAAUGUCAAAACUCCUGGCCGUGUAUCCUAUAUCCUUUUGAUCUUGGCCAUAAUAAAUUGCCAUGCAUCCUCAUAUUUUUCUUUCGUCCGUUCCACUCAAGUGCAAAGCUUGUUGGCGAAAUGCAGUAUGUCGUAGCGAUUGUGGUGUUGUCCGCUCAAGAUCAUGGCUCAUCAACUCGUCACCUACUUUUUUUUUUGUCUAAGCUACCAACUCCGACGCUUGGCUGAUAAAACUGAAACCAGUUGUUCAAAGACGCUAUCCUCCGCCUUCAGCCUGGUCGUUUAUCGGCCGCUGACUGGAACUCCCUUGGUUCCAUUGGUGGAGGGCUUGCCGGCGACAGCACCAGCAUAGCUACUCCAGACGUUGGCCAAGCCAGCUGAUGUCCUCUUAGGUGACUUGAUAGAAGGCUCGCCGUCUUCCUCCAUGCCCUCCAUGUGAAACAUUUCGUCGUCUUCAUUAAUGGGGGUAGUGAAUCGGCCGUUCAUAGAUGAGCUGAUGCUACCGCUUGACACAUGACGCUCCAUGCCACCACGCUCACGCUCCUUGCCAAUAGGACUAAUGGGGCUAAUGGCACUAGCGGUAGCACCAGCUCGAGCGGCUGCGGGGUGGAGAAGAGGACUAGAAUUGCCUGCAGUGUCAUCAAGACGGCUUCGCUGAAGUUGCUGAGAAAGCAUGGACAUGCCGUCACUGCCAGAUCGCAAGGAAGAUGGACGGACGAAGCCGUUUGUGCCUCCCAUCUCUUGUGAAAGAACAGAGUUCCGGAGUGGGCUUCCAACGUGACCAAAAGCAGAAGCACCUCGGAGAGAUCGAGAGGUUUCCUCCUCUUCCUUCUGUCGCUGGAACAUAGGGCCCCAUCGGCUAGGGCUGGUUCCAAUGGGACUGCCGUACUUGCUCAGGCCCUCAACAUCGCUGUCAGCUCGCAUAGAGCCACGGCGAGCCUUUUCGACUGGAGUCAAGAGGUCUUGAAGGUUUUCGGGUACAUAAUUCUCGGGGAGAUUGUCGUCAUCGUCGCCAAAGGCAAAACCAGGCUCCCAGUCUCGGUCAACAGACGUCUUAGGCAUGCUGGAACUGAGCAUUCGGGGCUUGGUAAAGCGGGACGAGUGCAUAGCUCGCCUGCCAAAAUACUCCUCCCCGUUGGCUUGAUGAGAGUUAGGAGGGCUUCUAUCCAGAGGGGCCAAGAGGUGUUCCGACGAACCAAAUGCUGAAGUGUGUAAAAGCUUGAGUGUCUCCGACGUACGCGAGUCCUUAGCAUUGCUGAGCGAAGGAGUUGGCGAUUCGAUGCCAAAUUGGUUGGGAACGGACGAUGGCCAUGGACCAGCGGGGAAGCGAGCAGCGUUGGAGAUGCCAUUGGAAUCGAAAGAGGCGGGGAGAGGAGCGUCUAGGACAGAGAGACCCUUGUUGUUAAUAGGAGAAAGUCCCAUACCAAAGCGCAAGGACUCUUCGUCUCGGGGAGAACCGUAGUUGGAUCCAGUAUAGGACAUAUCGAUGGUUGGGAGACCAUUCUCGAGGCUAGGCUGUCGGCCGAGAGUGUGUUGAUCUUGUUCAUCGUAAGGAUAUGCCGAAGCGUAUGCUGGAACGUCAGCGCGGUAGAGGGAGGUGGUGAGGGCGCUGGUGGAGGAUUGAUUGUUGCUUGCGGAGGUGGGGUUGGAUCGACCCGCGAGGGCGGAAGUAUUGCCUAUCGUGACGCCAUUCUUUCCGUAGUUGAUGCGUCGACCGUCGGGGAGAAUAUGAAUAUUUGCGCAUUUCGGACCAAACUUGCAGUUUCCCUGUCAUUGAAAAACGAUCGUCAGUGCUGCUGUGGAUUGGAGACGUUGCGACGUGAUGAGGGGUGGAUGCGGCUGGCAGCGGGCGAUCGAUCAUGAUAUGGCGCACUCACCUUUGCAAAGUAUUUGCAGACGUUCUCAGCAGCGUUGCUCAAAUCAUGACUGAAAGGACAGGCAUUACCAGCCUGACAGGCACCUUGACGGAAGAACUUGCAAGGAACGUGGGACGUAUCUAUGAUUCAGUCGUGUCAGUAGGGACGACAUUUGGUAUUCAAGGUUUGGCGGGGGUCGUGUGCAACAUGGAACAACCACGCAGCAAAGCAACAAUGGGUGAACAUAACGUACUCGGGGGACUUCGGGGUCCAUCGAAGCGGGGAGUAUUCGCCAUAGCGCUCGCCUGAGAGUGUGAACCGCCGUUGGCAACGCUGAGGCUACCGCUCCUGGCGUGGCGGUAUUCAGGCAUGAUACUUUUGUGUUGGAGGGCUAUCGGGUUGAAGCAGUUCGCGAUGGAGGGCGAAAUCGGGGGGCGGGCCGAAGUCCAAGGUUCGAAGCAAGGGAAGGUGGAGGAAGGAUAAAAAGAAAGUGGAGGGAGUUUAGAAGAACCAGAGUUGGAAACCGGAAAGCCAAGGAGGAGAGUGCUAUAAUGGUAGCGAGUUGAGUGAAGCCCAGCGGCGGAGCGGGCGGCAAACGAUGGCCCGUAGUGGGUGAAAGCGGGCGAGAGUGGCCGAAGUGGGCGUUGCUUUAGGCGUCGCAGUGUAAAGUUAGGCGUAAGGUAGCUAACUAAGGUAAACUCGCGGUAAAAGAACCUGGAAGACCUGACGCGAUUGAUGCAAUGCGAGUGAUGGGGAAAUGGUGGGGGCGUUAUGAUAAUCCUGUCCUGUCUCUUCUGUUCUGUCUGUGCCUCUGCGAGUCUGGAAAUGGCCUGGCCUGGGCUGUUCUUUGCGAGCAACGAGCGACGGAUAUGGAGGGGUGAACGGACAAAAGUGACUUUGAUAUCCCGCGGUGGUAAUAUGUUUAAGCUUGUACCUCACGGACGGGGUAUGUCGCCGUGCCCGGACUCUGAUGGUGCAACCGGCAGCGACGGCGGAUAUGUUUCCACUACCGGUAAGAUAAUUGCGAGUAAGUCGUAACUAGAGUGGCGCAAGAUGAUAAAAAGAGUUGAUAACGAAUUGAACAAGUUCAGGUUUUCUUUCUGGGCUGAGGAGAAAUAAAUGGCGGCGAAAGAGAGGCACCUGACAAACGAGGACCUGAUCCUGGUUUAGAUGCGUUAUGCCCUGUAAACCAGAAAUACUACCCCGUCCUUUCCUAUUCUGUAGCACCACUCACUCGAGUACUGUAGACUACUGUACUCGGCAGGCAAUGCAGACGUUCGCAUCGAAUAGCG